AUGCUCCGCCCCUGGCUGCGCCAAUCGACUCGAGCGGCCCGCUCUCUUCCUUGUUGCCAAUGUCCCCGGCCCUAUAGCUCUCGACUGCCCACCCUUACGAGCCCAUCUAGUUCGGUUCGGCGUUUACAAACGUCAGCUUCAGAGUCGCAGGACCGUGUACCACUCCGGAAGCAGCUCAAACAAAAUGCGAAGGCCUUAAAAGCCGAGAAGCGUCAGAGAAGGGAGAGCGAGGAGGCUUCGCGACAAAAAUGGGAGCUCACUGUCGGCAUUGAGAUUCAUGCGCAACUGAAUACCGAGACCAAACUAUUUUCACGUGCUUCGACAUCAUCCACCGACCUACCCAAUUCAAACGUUGCUCUCUUUGACCUGGCUUUCCCAGGUAGCCAGCCGGAAUUCCAAGUUCCAACACUGCUACCUGCCCUCCGCGCCGCACUCGCUCUGAACUGUGAUAUCCAGCCCGUGAGCCGAUUCGAUCGGAAACAUUACUUCUAUCAGGACCAGCCAGCGGGAUAUCAGAUUACACAAUACUAUGAACCUUUUGCGAGAAACGGCUAUGUGGAUUUGUUCGGCUACGAUGGGAUCGCGCCGGAAGAUGGCGAUCACGUUCGCAUCGGUAUCAAGCAGGUACAGCUAGAACAGGACACGGCCAAAUCACAGGAGUACCAUCCCUCCACGCAGCUUCUUGAUUUCAACCGCGUAUCCCACCCCCUAGUCGAAAUCAUUACGAUGCCCCAGAUCCAUACACCCGCGACAGCUGCAGCGUGCGUCCGGAAGAUUCAGGCAAUCCUUCAAUCCUGUAGCGCAGUCACCACCGGUAUGGAAUUGGGAGGACUCCGAGCCGAUGUGAAUGUCUCGAUCCGUCAGCGGGGCGAUACCGAGGGUGUGCAUCAGUAUGGCGGGAUCGGUGGCCUCGGCCAGCGCACGGAGAUCAAGAACUUGAGCAGCUUCAAGGCUGUAGAGGAUGCCAUCAUUGCAGAAAAGAACCGCCAGAUUGCUGUGCUAGAAAGUGGUGGGGUCGUGGAGGGUGAGACCCGUGGCUGGACGAUUGGGAGCACGGAAACACGGAGACUUCGAGGCAAGGAGGGCGAAGUAGACUACCGGUAUAUGCCAGAUCCGGAUCUACCACCGCUACUUAUCGGAGCUGACCUUGUGUCGGAGCUGGCCAACACGUUACCGACUUCCUCGGAUGAGCUAAUUGGGCUGUUGACGGGCAAAGAGUACGGCCUCUCGAUUGAAGACGCCAAGCCGCUGGUUGAGCUAGAGGAUGGAGCUCGGCUGGAGUACUACCAGGACGUGGUGGAUAUCCUGCGCGAUCUGCAGCAAGACCAGGAUCCUAAGAGCCGUGGGGGUCUGGCACGCGUUGCCGGUAAUUGGGUUCUCCACGAGCUUGGGGGCCUUUUGACUAAAGCGGACCUGCCUUGGGAUGCAGAACGAGUCUCGGCACUAUCGCUGGCUCAAAUUAUAGAUCACGUCCAGCGAAAGCAGAUCACCGGUCCUACCGCCAAGCAGGUGCUAGCCAUGGUAUUCGACGGAGACACUCGGGCGAUUCCUCAGUUACUGGAAGAGGAGAACCUACUUCUCCGGCCUCUCUCCAGAGAGGAAUACGUUGCGUUGGCUGAGGCAGCAAUCAGCCAGAACCCGCAGAUGGUCGAGCAGAUCCGGACUAAAAACCAGUUAGGGAAACUAGGCUGGUUUGUCGGACAGAUGAUGCGCAUGGGUGAAAAGGGCCGAGUAGAAGCGCCCAAGGCCGAUGCGAUCCUCCGGGAACUGAUUCUGGGGUAG